AUGGAGAGCCGGGAAAGGUCUCUCGCAACAGCCAACGCUUACAUCACAAACGCCUCCGCGAUGGGUGUAAUCACAGUGCGACGUCCCCGAACGAACACUGUCUAUCCUGUCGUGCAGGCAGGUCAGCCACAGAUCUCCCCGUCCUCGAACGACGGCACAGCAUCGAGCGACUCGCCAGAGAUAUCGUCGAAAUCAAUCCCAUCAUCCAUUACCGGGACCAUCACAGACACCUCCACCACCUUCACAUCAUCGACGCCGUCCUCUACCAGCACACUCAAACCGAUCGGACAUACACCGCAUGGCGUGUCGAAUACCACACUGGCGAUCUCCUUGACUGUGUCCCUCGGAGUGGCUCUCAUUAUUGGUGUCCUCGCCUUCCUCCUCAUCCGGCGACGUCGGCAACGCCACCGUCCUGCUGCACCUACCGGGACUCACAUCCCUGCGAUUCGUGAGAAAUCCGGCCUUCUUCAACGCCGUAGCACCACGAGCUCGUCCCGUAGCAGAUCCUCGGCCAACAACAUCAGCCGUCUGGUCAUUAGCCCACCGCGGAAUCUCCAGUACUUCCAGGGAUGCGGGACCUCGCCUCUGCACGCUCAAUUGCGUGCUCAGUGUGAUACUCCAACAUAUCCUUCGCCAACCCGUACAGAGCGUAAUCAUCCAUCAGAGCGUGCUCUGCCGUUUGGGCGCCAGGAGCCCGGGGAGCGCUUCCACCAGACACCACUCCUGCCUGAUGCUCCACCGCCACCGUACAUUCAAGAGCCAGCACCAGAACUGCCGGAGCUGCCACCAAAUCUAGCACGCAUGAGCUACCCGACCAUCACGGUAGCCGGAGCAGAGCCCGUGCCUCGGCCGGUGGGUGGCUUGCGUGCCUCUGCAACCUCGAUGUUCUCAUUCCUUCACAAAAAUCCCAUCAGCCCGGUUCCGCCAGCAAUUCCUCAAUUGCCCGCGAAUCUUGGCCGAUGGUCCUACCAGCAGCAGCUUGAGGCAGAACGGCAAGCACAACCUCAAAUGCAGCAACUGCCACGAGGAGAAUACCUGCGAACGCCAGAGCCCGGAUGCUCAGAAUACGGGCCAUCACCGGAUCUUCGUCUUUCGACCCUCGCCGAGUUCCCUCGGCCACCCAAAAUUGGUACGGAGCGAUGCUCAGCAACACCGCCUCCCCUCACAAUUCAUAAACACAAGCCCAAAUCCAAGUCCUUCGCCAGACCCUUUACUCCACCUCUCCACAACCUCAUCUCCCGAGCUGCGAACGUCAUCCAUGCGACGAAAUCGAAGCCUAUCGCACCGGCGACGGCACCCAUCCCGUCAUCCUCGCCAGCACUAUCCUACCCGACAAGGCCGACAUUGUCCCUCACUCAAUCGAAAAACCUCGUCGCCAGCCCUCCGAGCCCGACCUGGCAUCCCGCCAGCUCUCCGUACUGUCCAUCCCCAGGACCAAGCUUCCUCGAGAGUCCAAUCGAUCCCGAAGGCUGGGUCGGCGGCGGUCUAGGCAAGACGUUAGGCUACGGUGCUGCAGCUGGCAAUGGCCCAAAUCCAUACCGCAAUACGCGCGGCCUGGAACCAUCGCCACGAGUCGGCGUCGCUAGAGGAAGUGGAGUACGAGGUUUCACUCCCAGUGGGUAUGGAGGGUAUGGAGCUGCGUUGGGCGUCAAUGGUGCCAUUGGCUUGGCGCAUUCGAAGAGCGUGAGGAGUUUUACGAGUACGUUAUAUUCGGACACGGCAAGUUUGCAUGAGGUGCAGGGCAUUGAAGCUGUCACAAGGUCCGGAGAGGGAAGGGGACGAGUGGUGGGGUUGGGUGUCAGUGGGACAGAUGUGGACUGA